AUGGAUAUAAGCAACGAAGCAAACGUGGAUCCGUUCAAUAUAGGACCCACGACUGUCCUCGGAAGAACAAUAGCCUUUCGGAUCCUGUUCUGCAAAUCAACGUCUAUUUUCAGAAACAGACUGUUCAGGUUCCUCGUGUGUUUCCUCGGAAGAGCUAAAACUUUUCUAACACCGUUUUUCUCCUGGUUACAUCCAAGAAACCCACAAGGCAUAUUAGCUAUGGUGACAACGAUGGCCUUUAUGUUGAAUCGUUACACGAGCUUAAAAGCAAAAGCUGAGAUGGCUUACAGGAGAAAAUUCUGGAGGAACAUGAUGACAGCUGCAUUGACUCACGAGGAAUGGGCUCACGCAGCCAAGAUGCUUGAUAAAGAGACUCCAAAGAUGAACGUGAGCGAUCUCUUCGAUGUGGAGCUUGUGAGGAAUAAGCUUGAGGAGCUUAAGCAUAGACGUCAUGAGGACUCUCUAAGAGACAUUAUCUUCUGUAUGAGAGCUGAUCUUGUGAGGAAUCUCGGUAACAUGUGUAACCCUGAGCUUCACAAAGGGAGGCUUCAAGUUCCGAGACUCAUCAAAGAGUAUAUAGAUGAGGUCUCUACACAGCUUAGGAUGGUUUGUGAUACGGACACUGAAGAGCUUUCUCUAGAGGAGAAACUAUCUUUUAUGCAUGAGACGAGACAUGCCUUUGGGAGAACGGCUCUGCUUUUAAGUGGAGGAGCUUCUCUUGGUGCUUUCCAUCUCGGUGUGGUUAAGACCCUUGUAGAACACAAGCUGUUGCCGAGGAUUAUAGCUGGUUCAAGUGUGGGUUCUGUAAUGUGUGCGGUCGUGGCGACAAGGUCAUGGCCUGAGUUGCAAGGCUUCUUUGAAGGAUCUUGGCACGCGUUGCAGUUCUUUGAUCAGAUGGGAGGGGUCUUCACCAUUGUGAAAAGGGUUAUGACUCAAGGAGCGGUUCAUGAGAUCAGACAUUUGCAAUGGAAGCUGAGGAAUCUCACCAACAAUCUCACGUUCCAAGAGGCUUACGACAUGACAGGACGGAUUCUUGGGAUAACAGUUUGUUCCCCGAGGAAGCACGAGCCGCCAAGAUGUCUUAACUAUUUGACUUCCCCUCAUGUCGUGAUAUGGAGUGCAGUGACUGCUUCUUGUGCCUUCCCAGGUCUUUUUGAGGCUCAAGAACUCAUGGCUAAAGACAGAACUGGUGAGAUUGUUCCUUAUCACCCGCUUUUUAACUUGGAUCCUGUAGAGGGCUCAUCAGGAGCAUCGGUUAGGCGAUGGAGGGACGGAAGUUUGGAGAUGGACUUACCGAUGAUACAACUCAAAGAGCUUUUUAAUGUUAACCAUUUCAUUGUGAGUCAGGCUAACCCUCACAUUGCACCUUUCUUGAGGAUGAAGGAGUUUGUGAGAGCUUGUGGAGGGAGAUUUGCAGCAAAGCUCGCUCAACUUGUGGAGAUGGAAGUGAAGCAUAGGUGUAAUCAAGUAUUGGAGCUUGGGUUGCCUCUGAGAGAAGUAGCAAAGCUAUUUGCUCAAGAAUGGGAAGGGGAUGUCACUAUCGUCAUGCCCGCCACUAUUUCUCAGUACCUGAAGAUCAUACAAAACCCAUCCAACGUAGAGAUCCAAAAAGCAACAAACCAAGGAAGAAGAUGCACCUGGGAGAAGCUCGCCGUCAUCAAAGCCAACUUCGGCAUCGAACUCGCCCUCGACGAAUGCGUCGCCGUCCUCAACCACAUGCGCCGCCUCAAACGCACCGCUCGAAGAGCAGCCGCCGCCGCCACCAUCUCUUCCUCCUCCUCCUCCUCCUUCUCCUCCUCACAUCCCUUACCCGCCGGUCCCACCAGGUUCAGCGCCUCCAGAAGAAUCCCUUCCUGGAACUGCAUCGCCCGCGAGAACUCCGCAGGGUCCGUCGACGACGACGUCCUCGCCGAAGCCGCGUCGCUGUACCAGCAGCUCGUGGCCCACCGAGGCGGUAACUGUGGCAGCUCACACGACGGAGAUUCGCCGGAAGCCGGGGACUGGACUAGGUCUGGUGGACCGUUGAUGAGGACGACGUCUGCUCAGAUGUUUGCGGAUUAUGUUCAGAAUCUCGAGGGGGCUGAUCAGGGGGUUGAUAUGAGCGUGGAUGCUUCGUCGAGGAGGAGUAUCACCGUGACGGAAGGAGAUUAUCUGCAGACGGGGAGGACGCAUAAUGGGUUUGUGUUGAAUCUUGUUAGGGGAGAGAGUUUGAGGAGUCGUCAAAGUGUGGAGGAGAGGGAGAACGUUGAUGAAGCUCCGGAGAGCGUGCAGCUUGAUUCUCCGGAGAAGGAUAUUGGUAGAGAUAGCUCGGCCUCGGAAGACGGAGACGCGGAGGUGGAGACGGAUCUAAGGCACGAGUAA